AUGCAAGUGCGAAACCAUAGUCACCACCAUCACUGCGACAACAUUAACACGACGAGUUCCAUAACACACUCAUCAUCAUCACACCAUGUUAGUGUUAGUACUUCCUCUAGUUUUCACUCCAACUCUUCCCUCAUCAUCUCAUCAACCAUCAGAAAGAAUCCUCCAAUUGUCAUCUUUGUUAUUUUAUCCACUCUACUACUACUAGUUCUUUUAUCCCGUAAUGAUCAUUAUCAUAAUGGAAUAUCGGUUGUGAAUGGUUACUCACCUCCUUCUCCUCCUCCAUCACAACUUGUGUUCGAUCAUGUUCUCUUUCCAAAAUUGGAAAUCUUGGGUCUUCCUCCCGUUAACCAAUAUUAUUAUCCAACCAUGUAUUCAGUAGAUACUGAUUAUUAUGAUUUUUGUUUGUUGAAGAAAGACACUUCACAAAUGAAACGAGCAGGAGGUGCGAAACCAUUAUUCACACCGUUUGAAUUUUCUUGUGUGGACUAUUUGUGUCCGAUUGAUACGCGUUUUGAUUUUACAAAUUCCACUCAACGAGAAAGUUUAUCAUUUAUUUUGAAUUACUGUUUGUAUUGUAAUGAAACAGAGUCUCAACUUUUCAGGGAAGCUCUCAGAGAUGGAAAUUGUGACAGUAUGGAUUUUGUGAAUAAUAUGGAAGUGUCACAAGAAUUUUACGGCUCGAAAAAUAAUUCAGAAGUGUUGAGCUACUUGAUGGAUGCUCAUUGCAAUCCGGACAUUUCCUCCUCAAAUGAAAGAAGAAAUUUGGGACUAUUUAAUUCCAUGUUUUUCACUUCCGAACACUUUAAAAAUUCGUUUUAUAACUACAGACACAAGAAGAAUUCAACGAUCACAUUCAAUACCGUACUGGAAGAUGUAAUUUUGACAGAUUUAUUUGAAUAUUAUUUUUCUGACUAUUUGAAAAAGAAUGUGACAGAAUGGCAUGUUCCCUUAAAUGCUCCUUUCACAUGUUGGUGUGAAUACUCACCUCAGGGAGAACAAGUAGGAUUUUAUGCUUUUCAAUGCUACGACUUUUAUCAAAGCUAUCAAGUACCAUUUGUAUAUCGAUUCGCAGUUGUCUUUUUUGCAGUUGUUUAUGGAACCUUGUUCCUAGCACUUUCCUUUUUCAUUCUCAUCCCAAGAUUUGUUGAGAGAGUAAGAUCUUUCACUAAGAGAUCAGAUCUUCCUUUAGCAUCCAAUGGAAAAAAGGUUUUGAUGUUCUUUACUCACUUUUUUGACAUUCUGGUACAACCACCAGUGUUUUUCUGGAUUGCUACCAUUGCUGGAUUUUUAGAGAAUUUAUUCAAAUUCAUUUUCAAUUUUUCAUCAGCCUAUGGAUUGUACUCCUCCUAUUUUUCUGGAAUUGGAAGAGCAUUGACAGCAGUUUUCAUGGUGUGUGGAUACAGCGCUCUUGUGGUUCAAUGGAGUCAUGCCAUUGACUUGUACAAUAGAGCUUCAAAGGAUAUUAAUGGAAAGUUGUCAAUAUUCAAUAAGGUGAUUCUUAUUGUAUUUUAUUGCUCGGUGAUCAUUACGCUCAUCAUUGCAGCCAUUGUGUUUGCAACAAUUUCAUCUUAUGGUUAUGCUUGGAUUGUUUUGACCAUUGCAGUGCUCGUUUUCCUUGUGACCUUUGUGGUUGGCUUUACGUUUUAUGGAAUGAAAAUUCUAUUGACACUAAGAAAGCAAUCAAAUCGAGGAGUUUUCGAAUAUCGAUUCACCAAAUUCAUUCUCAUGACGACUGGAAUGUUUGUUUUUGGAUGGUUUGUUUGCUUUUUCACCUUACUGACCUACAUCUUUGGUGCUGAUGUACUAUCGGUGUUUUAUGGCAUUACUAGAAACCUCUUUUUAGAUUCUUGCCUUUGUAUUGUGAUUUCCGUCUCUUCCUACAUUACCUUCACACCCGAUGCAUUCCGAAUGACUUAUGGAAAAUGGUUCUUUGAAAAAUUGAGUUUGAUCACUUUGUGUUGCAAGCCCGUGAGAAGUACGAGCAACGAGGCCGAUCAAGCCUCUAAUUUGUAA